AUGCAGUCGGAGCUUAAACAGCCCUCUGAACUGCGGCAGGCACCGGAGAAGGCGCCUAGCUCGGUGUGUGGGUCGGCCACGCGGAUGGGAACAGGUGUGCGGACCGAGUCAGCCACGGCGGCCCCAGUCUCCAAAGAAGCGAGUGAAGAUCCUGGAGUCAAUUUGUUCCCGCCGCCGCUGCCCCGACCCCGGAUCUGCAUGUGGAAGUACCUGGACAUCCAUUCCAUGCACCGGCUGGAGGAGACGGCCAACGCUGAGGAGAUGAGGGAGGUGCUGGCUGAGCUGCUGGAGCUAGGCCAUCCGGAACAGAGCCUGCGAGAAACCAUCACCCUGGACCUCUUCUCCUAUGCACUCAUCUUCUGCCGCCAGCAGGGUUUCUCACUGGAGCAGACAUCAGCAGCAUGUGCCCUGCUCCAGGAUCUCCACAAGGCCUGUGUUGGUAAGAGGAAGGUGGCUACCAGAAGAUUUGAGCCCUAG